CUUGUCGAAGUAUAUUUCGGUUUUUUACCAAUGUGCUAAUGGUCACUUGUAACGUCGUCGUUUUGGGUUCCAUUAGAUUGGGAAGGGAGAGAGUUUUACUUGAAGCUUUAUUCAUUGAGUUUUGCAUUUUAAUGGCGGUCGUCGUUUCCAUUCACCGUCCUUAUGCAACCCUCUUGAUCUCUGAAAACCCGAAUCCACCUAAACUUCACCAGAAAUUCAACAAUUAUCGCCUGAGUUUUCAUCGUCUUCCUCGGAAAACCAAGCUGCAGCUCGGUUGCUUAUCCUCGAAAUUGACGCCUUCGAAUCCAGACCCUGAAACUCCUCAAGAUGAGGAAGAGGUGGAGAGCGUGGGAGUCAAAGCAGCUUUAGCGAUGCUGAGUUUCUACAAGAGGGAGAUAUCGCCGGUGUUACCUAGAAGCUGCCGUUACGUUCCGACUUGCAGCGAAUACUCCAUGGAAGCUUACAAGAAAUACGGAGUUCUCAAAGGCACUGUUCUUACCACCUGGCGUCUCUGCCGCUGCAAUCCUCUUGGUGGAUCUGGAUUCGAUCCUCCAAGAUGGUUUGGUGAGAGUGGGAUCAAGCCCCAAGAAGAAGAUCACUACGACGAUGAGGAUCAAGAAGAGAUUUAAAUAAAAGAAGAAUUAAAAGAAAAACAAUAGAAGUUGUAAACUAUUACUAGAGAAAACAGGGGAAGCUAGCAGAGUUUGUUGAAACUACGAGAGAAUAAGAAUUACAACAUUUGUUUCCAAAAGAUUUGAUCUUUUUUGUUUUA